CCGUGUUUGACCGUCGCUACCUGAUUGAAAACCUGACUCUAGACUUACUUUAGUUUCAUCGUCGUUAUUUUAUUAUAAUCUUAAUGUAACUCUUCAGAGCUGUAACUGGAAAGUUCCCGCCUGAAUCAGCCUGUGGAGGAGGCGGAGAUGAGCCGCUGCUCUCCCGCCGUCUGAACCACUAAAUGCGGCCUGAGCUCUGCCGGACAGCCGCUGGAGAACAGCUGGGACUUUCUCUGUGGGUGAACGGUCUGUCAUUAGAUUCACACUGUAGGACAGAUGUGGACAGAUGUGGACUGAUGUGGACUCAGUGUGGCGGGCUGAGGGGCAGACAGCUGCUGUUGUUAUUAAACAAGUAAUCAUGGCCGUAUUCAGGAAGAUAACUGCGUCACAAACCUGCCGCUCCUCCAACAGGAACUUCAUCUUUAUGAACAUUUGAAUUUAAACGUGAUCGGUGACGUCAUGAAAGAGAUUUCCUUUGAAUUAAGAUUUGAUCUUAUUGUGAACUUUAUUGAGACUGUCAGUCAUUUAUUUUGGAGCUGUCUCUUCAAGUUAUUUGGAGGGGUGUGUCUGAUUGUGACAGUAACUAAGUACAUUUACUCCAGUACUUUACUGAAUUACAAUCUUAAUUGUACUUUACUAGAGUAUAUCCAUGUUCUGCUUCUUUAUACUUGUACUACAUUCAUUUCACAGCUACAGUUACUUUUCAGACAAUAUGAUGAUAUAAUAACGACAGAGUCCAUUCUGCAUGAUACUUGAUGCUUUAACUAUAUUUGACUAAUAACACUUGUGGACUUUUACUCUGGUAAAAUGAUUAAGAAGGAUUUUCACUUGUAGUGGAGCCUUUUUCUCUCAAUAAGGAUUUUUUAAAAUGUAUUUAUUGCAAAAUGAGAACUAUUAGGAAAAACUCUACAUAAUCAAUUUGAUAAUACAUCUCCAUAAAUCCUCCGACGAUAAAGCAUUUCUGCUGUUCCGGUAGGUGAUUAUAUCUGUGACUGAACACAAAGAGAAAAGCUGUCCGACAAAACAUGUCUGGUAUUUUUAUCGAAGCGACACCUAUCUAUGUCUCUGUUGUUGUUUUGGUUGCUGGUUUGCUGCCGGUACUUUAUGCGGGUUCAGAUUUAACUAUUGGACAACUUGUUUAAUAGGUCAGGGGCCCGACUGAAAGGGGCCCCGAGACAGCUGCAGAUUCUCUGAGGGAGGAUAAAGUGUUCAGACGCUUAAUGGAGAAAUAAGGCAAUUUAGAAAUUCUCCUUUACAAGUUAUAAUCUUGCAUCCAAAGCAUUACUUGUGUUAUAUUAUUCUAUGUUAUUAUUGUAUUAUUCCAGAUGUGUUAACAUGUCAGGAGCAUUUUAAUGUUCAUCACAAUGUAAACUUACUUGUAAACUGGUUCUAAGUUCUUGAUUUCUAUUGGUUUACAGGCCUGUUGCACUGCACUGUUCAGUUUCCACUGAUUAAUUAAUUAAUAUUUCUGUCUGAGGGAUUUCUCUGAAUCUUAAUUAGAUCAUAAUAUUUCUGGGUGGGAUAUGUGAGUUUUGUUGACAGACCUGUGAGUAAAGAGACUGUCUCACCUCCCAUCAGCCUCUUUCUGCUGAUUUCUGUAGUUGUGAAUCACGUCACUGCAGCUCCAUGACGCCAUCUAGUGGACGGAUGGUAGAAGUGCAGCAGCUGACGGCAGCUUCCUCUGCCUCACGCUGAUAUGAAACAGAGAAGAAGAGCCAAUCAGUGGAGGAGCAGCUGGAGAAAUGAUGUACAUUUGAGUCGAUGUGCAGAUGAAUGAUGUGUGUUUCUCUCCACAUGAAGGUAGAAAGUGUGUGUGAGCUGAUGUGGAUGUGAACUCGGCAGCAUGGAUCAGUGUGAGGACAGAGAGGAGGGAGCCCCUCCCUCUAAAACCACUCUGUGUGGGGAACAUGAGAGAAAGACCAGAGCUCAGAGGGUUAGAGACACACCACACUCUGCUGGACCUGGACCGGGACCUGGACCUGGACCUGGACCUGGACGUAGACGUAGACGUAGACAUGGACCUGGACCUGGACCUGUUGCAAAGAGGAGGAAACUGGAAGAACCUGGAUCCAGCUGUGUGUCCAUGAAGAGUGACGGGUCCAUGGAUCGUCCUCUUCAAGUCAGAAGAUCAAGAAGGAUCCAGCAGCAGAGCGACGGGUCUAUGGGCAGGUUCAUUGGCUUUAAAGGGCGACGUCCAUCAGCUGAUCAGAUAGUGGACCAGGAGAGCUCAGAGGUUCCCAGGUCUCAGUCUGCCCAGCAGCAUCAAACACAGCUGGACUCCAUAUUUAUGCUGCUGGAGGAGAACACGGUCGCUUUUGUCAAGAACGAGCUGAAGAAGAUGCACAAGCUUCUGAGUCCAGAUUACCCAGAAUGCUCAGGGAGUCGGAGGGAGGAUGAGGAGGUGUUGGACGCUGAGGACGAAGAGCAGAGGAGGAGCAGCAGAAAGGCGUUUUUGAAGAUCACAGUGAACUUCCUGAGGAGAAUGAAGCAGGAGGAGCUGGCUGACUGUCUGCAGAGCAAAUCUCCUGCUAUGUGCCAACCUAGACUCAAAUCUAACCUGAAGAAGAAGUUCCAGUGUGUGUUUGAGGGGAUCUCUAAAGCAGGAAACCCAACCCUUCUGAACCAGAUCUACACAGAGCUCUACAUCACAGAGGGAGGGACUGGAGAGGUCAAUGAUCAACAUGAGGUCAGACAGAUUGAAACAACAUCCAGGAAACCAGUCAGACCAGAAACAACCAUCAGACAAGAAGACAUCUUUAAAGCCUCACCCGGAAGAGACGGACCAAUCAGAACGGUGAUGACAAAGGGAGUGGCUGGCAUCGGGAAAACAGUCUUAACACAGAAGUUCACUCUGGACUGGGCCGAAGACAAAGCCAACCAGGACAUACAGUUCACAUUUCCAUUCACCUUCAGAGAGCUGAACGUGCUGAAAGAGAGAAAGUUCAGCUUGGUGGAACUUGUUCAUCACUUCUUUACUGAAACCAAAGAAGCAGGAAUCUGCAGGUUCGAUCGGUUCCAGGUCGUGUUCAUCUUUGACGGUCUGGAUGAGUGUAGACUUCCUCUGGACUUCCACAACACUGAGAUCCUGACCGAUGUUACAGAGUCCACCUCAGUGGACGUGCUGCUGACAAACCUCAUCAGGGGGAAGCUGCUUCCCUCUGCUGGCCUCUGGAUAACCACACGACCUGCAGCAGCCAAUCAGAUCCCUCCUCAGUGUGUCGACAUGGUGACAGAGGUCAGAGGGUUCACCGACCCACAGAAGGAGGAGUACUUCAGGAAGAGGUUCAGAGAGGAGGAGCAGGCCAGCAGGAUCAUCUCCCACAUCAAGACGUCACGAAGCCUCCACAUCAUGUGCCACAUCCCGGUCUUCUGCUGGAUCACUGCUACAGUUCUGGAGGAGGUGUUGAAAACCAGAAGGAGAGGAGAGCUGCCCAAGACCCUGACUGAGAUGUACAUCCACUUCCUGGUGGUUCAGACCAAACUGAAGAAGGUCAAGUAUGAUGGAGGAUCUGAGACGGAUCCACACUGGAGUCCAGAGAGCAGGAAGAUGAUUGAGUCUCUGGGAAAACUGGCGUUUGAGCAGCUGCAGAAAGGAAACCUGAUCUUCUAUGAAUCAGACCUGACAGAGUGUGGCAUCGAUAUCAGAGCAGCCUCAGUGAACUCGGGAGUGUUCACACAGAUCUUUAAAGAGGAGAGAGGCCUGUACCAGGACAAGGUGUUCUGCUUCGUCCAUCUGAGUGUUCAGGAGUUUCUGGCUGCUCUUCAUGUCCAUCUGACCUUCAUCAAGUCUGGACUCAAUCUAAUGUCAGAAGAACAAUCAACCUCCAAGAAGUCUGAACCAAAACAAGACAAAUCUGCAGAGACAAAUUUCUACCAGAGAGCUGUGGACGAGGCCUUACAGAGUCCAGACGGACACCUGGACUUGUUCCUCCGCUUCCUCCUGGGUCUUUCGCUGCAGACCAAUCGGACUCUCCUACGAGGUCUGAUGUCACAGACAGGAAUUGACUCACAGACCAAUCAGGAAACAGUCCAGUACAUCAAGAAGAAGAUCGAAGAGACUCCCUCUGCAGAGAAAAGCAUCAACCUGUUCCACUGUCUGAAUGAACUGAACGAUCGUUCUCUAGUGGAGCAGAUCCAACAGUCCCUGAGAUCAGGAAGUCUCUCCACAGAUGAACUGUCUCCUGCUCAAUGGUCAGCUCUGGUCUUCAUCUUACUGUCCUCAGAAGAACAUCUGGACGUGUUUGACCUGAAGAAAUACUCUGCUUCAGAGGAGGCUCUUCUGAAGCUGCUGCCACUGAUCAAAGCCUCUAACAAAGCUGUACUGAGUGGCUGUAACCUCUCAGAGAGAAGCUGUGAAGCUCUGUCCUCAGUCCUCAGCUCCCAGUCCUCUAGUCUGAGACACCUGGACCUGAGUAACAACGACCUGCGGGACUCGGGAGUGAAGCUGUUGUCUGCUGGACUGGAGAGUCCACUCUGUACACUGGAGACUCUCAGUCUGUCAGGAUGUCAGGUCACAGAGGAAGGCUGUGCUUCUCUGGCCUCAGCUCUGAGCUCCAACCCCUCCCACCUGAGAGAGCUGGACCUGAGCUACAAUCAUCCAGGAGACUCAGAACUGAAGCUUCUGUCUGCUGGACUGGAGGAUCCAGACUGGAGACUGGACACUCUCAGGGCGGAGCCUGAUGGAGUCCGAUGGUUGACACCAGGUCUGAAGAAGUAUUCCUGUGAACUCACAAUCGACACAAACACAGUGAACAGAGAGAUCAAACUGUCUGACAACAACAGGAAGGUGAAACAUGUGGAGGAGGAUCAGUCAUAUCCUGAUCAUCCAGACAGAUUUGACCUUCGACCUCAGCUGCUCUGUUCAAAUGGUCUGACUGGUCGCUGUUACUGGGAGGUCAAGUGGAGCGGACAUGUUGAGAUAUCAGUGAGUUACAGAGGAAUCAGCAGGAGAGGAAAUAUGAAAGAUUCUGUGUUUGGAUGGAACAAUCACUCCUGGAAUCUGAACUGCUCUGAUACUCUUGGUUACUCUGUCUGUCACAAUGACAGAGAAACAUAUAUCUCCUCCUCCUCCUCCUCCUCCUCCUCCUCCCCCUCCUCUAACAGAGUAGCAGUGUAUGUGGACUGUCCUGCUGGCUCUCUGUCCUUCUACAGAGUCUCCUCUAACAAACUGAUCCACCUCCACACCUUCAACACCACCUUCACUGAACCUCUGUAUCCUGGGUUUGGGUUCUGGCCCUUGUGCUUGCCUGGUUCCUCAUUGUCUCUGUGUUGAAUGUAGCAGAGAGAGAAACGUUCUAAUUGUUGAACAGAUAGUUCAGUCUCUACAAGUCCGUCCGAAAAUUAUCUUUGUAACGAUACACUGAGCAUAACGAAUCACUAAGUUUCAUUUAUUUAGUACUUCCUGUCUUAUUGUGAAAUCACUAACAUGUCCUGUCAUUUCAGUCCAAUCAUCCUCACCUGGUCCCCACUUACUACCUGCCCCUGCCCUUCCCUGUCAGUAGACCCUGUAUAUGUACUAGAGUUUCCUUUGUUCCUGUGUCUGAUUGUCAUUGUUGUGCGUGCUUUCUCAUGGUUUUCCUCGUGUGAUUGAUCAUGUGAUGGCCUAAGUCUGCCUUUUGUAGACUGGUAACAAAUUUGUAUUACUGCAGUGUAUAAGAGCACAUUACAUAACGUACAAAGUAGUGUAGCAAAGUAAUAAUAAAGUAUAUUGGUUAUUAUCCAUAAAGUUUGCUGUUGGAAUGUGUCAAAACUAUAACAGCGUACUAUUACAUAUAUUCAUGUUCUAUUGCAUCUAUAUCUCGUAUACCCACGAUACAUUUUGAAUUUGCUUGUAACACAAACAAAUGUACACUUGAGUCUCACUAAUCAAACAGCCAUAUACUUAAAGUGUAUAAAGUACUCUUGAAGUUGUUUCAUUUUACACAUAAAAGUUCACUGAAUACACUUCAAUUUAAUUAAUACUAAAGUAUAGUUGGUAUAAUCAGCUGUUCAAAAAUAUUGUACUUUAAGUUAACUAAUCAUUAACAUGCUUGAAGUAUACUGGUCCUUAGUUCCGCUACUAAAACUUAAUUCUACUUAAACUCUACUUAAAGACAGAAGCGACGAUUAUUACAGGAGAAAAAUGUUGACUUUCACUUUGUGAAGAUUCUGGCCGUGAUGUUCUUUUCUUUUCACAAUAAAAGUGAAUAUCAGUG